GCGCGACUCCGGGCAGUUCCUUGGCGAUCGGCCCCGCCGGGUGGCCAAGAGCUCCGCCCGGGGGCGCCCCAGGGUCCCUGUUGCUGCGGGUGCCGAGGGGGCGGAUCCAGCCCCGGCCGGAGAGGGGCCAGGGAGAUAGCCCGAGAGCCCCGCGCCCUGGCACCAUGCGACCCACCGCACCUUCUCCCGGGCCUGGGGCUGCACAGUCUGCUCGCUGAGCCCCCUGAGGUCGCCACCGGGGAGAGUGACAGAAGAGGAGGAGGCGACACCCGGGAGAGCAGCGCCCGGACGGAAUCAGCCCCCUGAGAGCUGGCGGCUCCCUGGUUCUUGAGCCUUAUCAUGCUUCGGGCGCCAGCCGGGCUUUAGGAGAGAAACUGAGACACCGGUGCGAGUCGGGACAAUUCUUUGGUUGUUAAGUGUGAGAGAAGACACUCAGGAUGGCUCAGGGAUCCGGGGACCAGAGAGCAGUGGGGAUUGCUGAUCCAGAAGAGAGUUCUCCCAACAUGAUUGUCUACUGCAAAAUCGAGGACAUCAUUACCAAGAUGCAAGAUGACAAGACAGGGGGUGUGCCCAUCAGAACAGUCAAGAGCUUUCUCUCCAAAAUCCCCAGUGUCGUCACAGGUACGGACGUUGUGCAGUGGCUUAUGAAGAACCUUUCCAUUGAGGACCCAGUUGAAGCAAUACACCUGGGAAGCCUUAUUGCUGCCCAGGGCUACAUCUUCCCAAUCUCAGACCACGUUCUCACCAUGAAAGACGAUGGCACCUUUUACCGUUUCCAGGCUCCUUACUUCUGGCCUUCCAACUGCUGGGAACCUGAAAACACUGACUACGCCAUCUACCUCUGUAAGAGGACAAUGCAGAACAAAGCGAGGCUGGAACUGGCAGACUACGAAGCCGAAAACUUAGCGAGACUCCAGCGGGCCUUUGCAAGGAAGUGGGAAUUCAUCUUUAUGCAAGCAGAGGCACAAGUAAAGAUUGACCGGAAAAAGGAUAAGACAGAGAGGAAAAUCUUGGAUAGUCAAGAACGGGCCUUUUGGGAUGUCCACAGGCCAGUGCCAGGCUGUGUGAACACAACGGAAAUGGAUAUCAGAAAAUGUCGACGUUUGAAGAAUCCUCAGAAGGUUAAAAAGUCAGUGUACGGUGUGACAGAAGAGUCCCAGUCACAGAGUCCAGUGCACAUACCAAGCCAGCCAAUCAGGAAAACUACGAAGGAUGACAUUCGAAAACAGAUAACAUUUCUGAAUGCACAGAUUGACAGACAUUGUUUGAAAAUGUCCAAAGUGGCUGAAAGCUUAAUCGCUUACACAGAGCAGUAUGUGGAGUAUGACCCUUUCAUAACGCCAGCAGAGCCAUCUAAUCCUUGGAUCAGCGAUGACAUCACUUUAUGGGACAUAGAGAUGAGCAAAGAGCCCAGCCAGCAGCGGGUAAAAAGAUGGGGCUUCUCUUUUGAUGAGAUACUGAAGGACCAGGUGGGGCGGGACCAGUUCCUUCGAUUCCUGGAGUCGGAAUUCAGUUCAGAAAAUCUCAGGUUCUGGCUGGCUGUCCAAGACCUCAAGAAGCAGCCUUUACAGGACGUGGCCAAGAGGGUGGAAGAAAUCUGGCAAGAGUUUCUAGCUCCAGGUGCCCCGAGUGCCAUCAACCUGGAUUCCCACAGCUAUGAGAGAACCAGUCAGAAUGUCAAAGACGGAGGCAGAUACACAUUUGAAGAUGCCCAGGAGCACAUCUACAAGCUGAUGAAGAGUGACAGCUACGCUCGCUUCCUGCGGUCCAAUGCUUACCAGGACCUGUUGCUGGCCAAGAAGAAGCCAGAAAGUGAGCAAGGUCGUAGAACUUCCCUAGAAAAGUUCACGCGCAGUGUGUGCUGCUGGCGCCGCGUCAGAAUGGCCGCCGCGUUUCACCCCCGAGGUGGCUUCCUUCCAGCAGUGGGGAAAGUCGCUGGCGGGCAAGCGCCUCACGGGCCUGAUGCAAUCCUCCUGACUGCCCCCACCCCAGGGCCUGGGCCCGCAGAGCACCCGGGCAGGCGGCGCUCCACAUCCAACGACAGAGCUUCCUUGUGGGGAGAUUUGGUCACUGUGAAGGAGAAAGAGUGAGGGCCACGGAUUGCAAUGGUGGGGGAGACGUGGUGGGUGAAUGGGGAGACCAGAGUGAAAGAGUCUAGCGGUGCUGGGCCAGCCAGGGAGAGGCCCCUGUUGAUGCCUCUCUCGUGUACAGUCUCGCGUCAAUGCUUAUUCUCUCCAAGGGCCCAUUUCUAACUUGGCCAGGGGAUGUUUCGUGGGGCCUGAAUACCACUUGCGAUGUUAACCUCACCUGUCCAGUCAUCUGGGAAACCACGGCUUUCAGCAAACUUGGGAGGGAUGAGCGGAGCCGGGCACAUAGUAUUAUACAUCACCUGCGUAGUCUCUGUUGCACUCACUGCCCCCUGCCCCCCCCCAUUGGUAGCCACCCAGGUGUAGUGGACGGACGACAGACACUGCUUUCACAAAAAUGUCAAACGUCACACCUUCAGCACCAAUGGCACUUCAAGUUCUUGCCACCCUCUCUGAGACCAAAUUUAAAAGAAGUCUCUGUGGGUGUGGUGGCCACCCUCAGGUCCCCUCAAAUGUCCAAGGGUCCAGUGUAGACGACAGAGUGUGUUGUUCAGCCACUGAAGGUUCUGGUGACAAAUCUUAAAAAUAUGAUUUCUCCUUGUCUAAUGAUUUUGCUCCUUGCACCUUGGUUUGUUCCCUCAUGUUUUACUAGAAAUAAACGUGGCCAUGAACUCAGGGGCCAUUGGGCUUCUCCCCACCGGUAGCCCAAGUUCCUGGAGGUGAAUGGGCUGUGGGGCUAGCACCAGGCCUGGCCAGACUCUUGGUGGGUUAAGGUUCAGCUAUUCCUGAAGCUAAAACACAAUAUGCACAAUGGCAGGACUGGGCCAGAACCACAGGUUCCUUUUCUCGACCUCAUUCUGAGGGCCCAGCCAAAGUACCCUGUUAAACGUAGCCAAAUCAUCUAGCUAAGAGCAAACUGUGUAAGACCCUGCAAAAGAUCUGUCUUCUUCCUGUGUGUCAGAACAACCAUUUGCCAACCUGGCUGUGAAGUCAUGCCCAGAAAGUGCCACGUCAGGUCCUGAACGCAUAGGGGGUGCUUAGCAAAUGGUAGGUAACACAGUUGUCAUUGUUCUUGUGGUUGCCACGAGCCCUCAGACACUGCUGUAGUAAGCAACAUGCUUUUAAAGUCAAACACGCCCUCCCACACACACCUUCCCUGCCAAUACCUGUUUGUUGGCCCCUUCUUUUGAUCUAUUUUGGCCAUAGGUGAAAACUCUUGGGAUUAUAUAAACAGGGAAGGAAGGAAGGAAGGAAGGAAGGAAGGAAGGAAGGAAGGAAGGAGAAAGAAAGUGUUGCUUGUGAAAGCAAGCUCACCAGCUGGUAACCAAAGACACAAGUGUUUGUUCAGUCCCAGCCUCCUGGGUGCACCAUGUGACCCAUCCACCUAGCCCCCACCCGCAAAGCCUGCCCGUACCUGCUUCUACACAACAACCAGAUCCACAAGCCUUCUGUCCAUCACAGGGGAGCCACCACGGGCAUUUAGAUCCCGCCUUCUAAGAUUCCUAACCCCCUCUUCUGUCUCCCACUCCUCUUCUCCUUGAGAUAUGGUAGAAAUCAGAAGGAGCCUCCAAAAGUGACUAUAAACACCCAGACUCUCGUCAGCUGCUCCCACCGAGCCUGGCUCUUUGUAAAUACUAGGUGAUCCCAUGAAUAAUAAGUGAAAGAAGUGAAGCCACAAUCUGAGUAAUGGGGUCUUCUGACUCUUCCUCUCUAGGUCUUUCUUUUAAAAAAAAAAAAUCCUCUACACAGAACCCUUCAGUUUCUGAACAAAAUUGUAGUCCAAGUUCAUCUCCACUCAACAUUGCCCGAAGGAAACUCUUUCCUACCAAGGGUCCCGUAGGCUGUUCUGACACCAAGACAUCUGAUGUUCUCAAACAAUGGGUACAUCUGUGCCCUCACCCAUCCAGGACAAGGAUUCUGGCUGCCUCCUGCCCCCCCACCCCCAUGAACUCGACAACACAUGCUAAGCCAGGCUACAGCCUGGAUAGGGCAGACUUCUUGUCUGUGGCUUCUGUGCCCCUUUUCUGCCCCAAUUUUUGUCCGCUGUUUCUACAUUAUGCUAACCAGAAAACUGACCCCGCUCUGGAGGUCGCCAUAUGGCCUACCCAGAGCCAGGUGUACUCUAGUCCCGAGAUGGAAUGGGAGGCAAGCUUCUAGACACCCUCAGAGGACAGAAGAGAGGAGUGUCAGCAGGUCAAUAACGCCAAGGACGGACACUUCAGAUGCAUUCCAGCCUGGAGCAAGAAGCCCCCCAACACCACACCUCAUAUCACGACAGGGGUGACCUCAGUGUGUGGCCACUAUGAUGUGUUCCUUAGUAGAUCAGGCAAGGAGCUAAGGAAAUAAAACAAAGCCACUCAACUCAAGAUGACAAACCCAAGUCAGUUUGACAUGCAAAGAUUUGAAAACUUGGGUAUAAACCAACUUCCCUUUGACCUGGUACACACAGACAAAAAUCUAUGUUUGGUAAUCAUUUUUCAGCAAAGCAGAUUCCUUCCUCCGCCCCAUCGUGGCCCCGAGAAGCCUGCUGGGCUCUCCUAACCCAAUAUGGUCUCUGAGAUGAGACUCUACCCCAUGAUGACUUGUGAAGAAAAUAACAUUUUGGCAACACCCCCCACCCCCACCCCGCAUCUCAGUCUGUGAGACACCUAUGGCCAAGGCAGGGGACAAAAGCUGAAAUAAGGUUUCCCUGCAUGAGAAGAACAGAGCUGGGAGAUUGUACAUCUAAAUGCCCAGCCCACUGCUAUACCAGCCUGGCCCAGAUAGGCACAAGAAACUACCUGCCAUUCUAGAAAGUAGCAUGGCAGUGUCAUUCCCCCUGGCAAGCUGUUGCUGUGCCCCAGAAACAAAGGGAGGUCCAACAGAAAGUACAGUUAGUGAAGUGUAUUCCAGGCUUGCCCAGAGCUCAGUAGCUAGGUACCAGGCUAGUACCCAGAAAGGGCCUCCUACAACGUAAGUUGCUGCUUGGACCAGCCAAACUCAUGGGACGUGCCCAACAGGAUUCCUGGGAUGUUCAAACUACCUCACCAACAGGAUACAGAACCAGGAGCCUGGCCCCCUUGCUUGUUGUGCAAGUUGGUGUGUUUUCCUGAAAUGUGUCCUCCUAUUCUGUUCUCCUUGUGUAGCCUUCAGAAGACAGCAUCUAGAAGCCUUUUCCACAAGUGGGAAAGGAUCAGGGGCUGUCCAUCUUUGGGCUCUGGGGAAUUUAUUGGAGGAGAAUGUUUCAACAAGGUAAAGGAAGUGAGAAGCCCAGGGCUGGGGUCAAACAGCAUGUCACCAGCCUCUUAAAGGACCUGGCUGAGAUGAAUAAGUGGUAAGGACCGUGGGAUAGUUGGAACAGUGGUCAAAUAAACUGCUAAUAACUUACCACCAGACCCUCUAAAAGAGGACUGUGCUCAUGUAACCAUGGCAACAGCAGAUGCCAGCAACUUACUCAUUAGUGCCACCCAGUGAUAAGGCCUCCCCUGGGUAAGACUCAGGGGCCAUCAAGUAGCAAAGUAGCAAAUGUAGCAAUAAAGGACAGGGACCCUGGGGUGGCAGGAUCCAAAUAACUGGGGCUCAGCAUUCCCCAAGCCACAGUGAGGGGGCAGAGCCAGCUGCCAUCAGCUAUCUAGGUGGGGAGCCCUGCCCACACUAAGGGUCCCUGUCCUAUAGCCUACGACUAUUCACCGCAUGACCACAGACGUCGGAAUGGCCUCCUCGUAGUGCAUGUGGUUCUCAUUAGUUUAUUUUUCUGGAAUUUGGGGACUGGACCCCAGGACCAAACAUGCUGGAAACGGUCUAAAAAUAAACAACUACUUGA